AAAUCCCUCCCUGAGGAGAGAGAGCUCGUAGCUCACUUGAACUCAGAACUGACCACGUGCUCCCAUACGCAUAGUCCGUACUUGAGCAUGUUUUAUGGUGCUGAUCAUCACGCAGGCAGCUACAAGAGGAACCUCCACCCUCAGAGGCUUGUCCUGUCUGAUUGUACCAUACACGCUAUCAACAUGAUUGGCAAGAAUCACGCAAUAUUCCUAGCUCUUCUGGCUAUUGCGUCCGCAGUUGCCUCAGGGCAUCCCGCGCGUGACUAUGAAUAUAUACACCCGUCCAUCGUCUCUAAAACCCUGCAGUCCCAGCACGAGAAGAGAGCUCCUCAGGGUGAAGAGCAGGAUGAAGUAUACCAGAUUGAAUGUCGUAUGCGAAGAAUGUGCCGUCUUGCACCAAAGACUAGCUCGCCUAUCCAAGAUCCCGCUGCCAAACUCACUUCGACCACUUCGAUUGACCAAUCGAUCCUCGACUGGGUGUCCAUUUUGAACGCACCUGGACCUGUUAUGACCGCACACGACAACAACGAACAAUAUGGAUCGCGAUAUCAUUGGCGAAGACUCUUCAGCAUUCAAGACCACCACCGUCACAGCUCCAGCACAGUCACCGUCACGGCUGUAGCCAAUAACAGCUUGAUUUGCGCCUGCUCCAACCGCAACUUCUUCUUUCGUGGACGUUGCCCUCCGAGUUUGCCCAAGAGCGCGACCAGAUAUUCGCCGAGGCAUGGAAGUCCAGAUUACAUUGUGUGCUUGAGAAACAAGACACGGACGACUGUGCUGGUCGCUAAAGAGAUGCCAGCAAGACGAGCGCGAGGUAGAUUGGAAGAGGGAUCGAAUGAGAAGCGACAAGCCGUCGAGGGAUUUUUAGACAGCAACAGACGAGCAAACUCGAACUACAAACAUAAAGCAACGUUGAUGUUUGAAAAAGUGAAAAGUGAAAAGUGAAAAAAGGAGGUAUACUCCAGGGCAGUCCCCUUCCAGACCAGCUUUUGUUGAUCUGCCUUCCCUUCCCUUCUUUUCCUCUGCCCAACCCAGGAGCUCGCUAGAAUGAUAUAUAAAC